GCCCCGACACGGAUAUCCUGUACAUGCGCUCUCCGAAGGGUAACGUAGGAAGCUUUGGUUUUUACUCCGGAUUGCUCUUUAAAAUUGAUCGAGCGCCAGUGCAGUGUGGUACAAAUUGCUUUGUAUACUAUGUGACAUGUAGCGUUAUAUUAUUUUUCGUUUAAAGUCUGUCAUGUGGGGCCAUUAAAAGUAUCUGCCUACAAAAAUACAAAUGGAUGGGAUCAAGAGUCCGUGCGAGAUUUUAUUCAGUAAUUAUGUCAAUCUGAUAGUGAUUGAUGCUUUUAACUGGUGAUGAGAUAAGAAGGAAGGAUCGUUAAAAUGGACAUGUAUUGUCAUGAUUUGAAAUUGGAAAACACCCCGAAAGAGACUUUUUACGUGCAGGUUCUGUGACAGCAUUUCGGAGACCCCAGAAACUACGUGUUUUAGAUGAGGACAGUGAUGCAAGCGUUUGGGGAAUCAUGCACGAGGACUGUGUCAGUUUUACCAAAACUUAAGUUGAAGCCAGAAGUUCGUCAGUACCUCAGUAAUGCAUUUCAAAAUAAAGAGUUGCUGGCGGAAGUGGGUGAACAGGAGGCAAAUAAAAAGUUCGAGGAGCUCCUCACCUACCUGUCCCACCCCCCGGGCUUCACCUGCGUGCGAGCCAGCACCCACCUGGAGUCCCUGGAGACCAUCAGAGACCAGCUGGUGGAUGAGCUCCAAAAGCAGGUGGCAUGGUCCUCAGGCAGGGGGCCAGUCCCAAUAUUUACACACCCGCAAGUUCCCGAUGUUCUGCUCAUUCCUGUCACCGGACCCCUGUCUGUCUGCCCGCAGAGGUCAGAGGUCAUCGUAGGAGCACAGUGUGGGAAUUCCGUCCUGCGGGGGGCUAACGUCUUCGCGCCUGGUGUUUUGUCUGCCCCUAAAUACAUGAAGGCUGGGGAUUCGGUUGCAGUUUGCUCCGACGUCGAGGGCAGGUGCACGCGGGGGGCGACGGAGUUCCAGGGCAGGAAGGUUUUUCUGGGUAACGGGAUUGCUGUGAUGAGCCGCGCGGCGAUCUUCCAGGCGGAUGAGCCAGUCAGGGGGGUGGCAGUGAGGGUGCAGGAGCCUGUUUACCACAGCCCCAGUUUCGACGGCCUCCUGCCCAGACUCGUCUUCCUGCAGAACCUACCUUCGGUGGUGGUGAGCCAUGUGUUGGGUCCACAGCCAGGUGAGAGGAUUCUGGACAUGUGCGCAGCCCCUGGGGGGAAGACCUCGCACAUCGCCGCCCUGAUGGGGGAUCAGGGGGAAGUAAUCGCUUUGGAUAAGAUUGCCAGCAAGGUGGAGCGGAUUCGCCAGAACGCCUCGACCCUGGAGUUGGAUUGUAUCACGGCUUACUGUUUCAACAGUAUCCGGGCUGUGUGUGCCGACCAGGCCCAGGUUCCAGGCAAUGGUGGGACCCCCAGCCAUGAUGUGACACCCCUAGCUUCUCGUGCUCCAGGCGGGCCACCCUUCCCCCCAGAGAGUUUCGACAGGGUUCUGCUGGACGCCCCCUGCAGCGGCCUGGGCCAGAGGCCCAACAUGGCCUGCCCCUUGAGCCUGCGUGAGGUCACGUCCUACCAGCCUCUGCAGCGCAAGCUCUUCCAUGCAGCCGUGCGGCUGCUGCGGAGGAGCGGCACCCUGGUGUACAGUACCUGCACCGUCACCCUGGCAGAGAACGAGGAGCAAGUGGCCUGGGCGCUCUCCACCUUCCCGGACCUGACGCUGCAGCUGCAGAUCCCGCACAUCGGAGGAGAAGGGAUGCCGGGGGCAGGCCUAUCAAAUGACCAGCGCCGCCUGGUCCAGAGGUUUAGCCCGCGCCAUGAGCCCAGUGACUCGGGCCUGGCGGGGAGAGACCAAAGCAGCAUCCUCCGGCAGGCCAACGCAGACACCAUCGGCUUCUUCAUAGCCAAGUUCCAGAAGACCUGAGCGCCAGCCCACCCCAGAGGGGGGAGGAACCCAUGGCAGCACCUCCCGGUCACGUGACAAGCAGCUCAGGAAGCCAGCAAGAGUGAAGUACGAAUCACGACACCUUCACGUUUUCCGUCUCGCUGACCAGCGGCUCUGUUUUUUUUUCCGGAAACCAUCCCCACGUGACACCACCGGCCAGGAACACCAUAUACGGAUGGCUCAUGCCCCCCCACCCCCACCCCACCCAUGGUUGUCUUGGAGAUGGUGACGGCACGGCUGUCAUGGCAACGGCUAUGUGACGGCAGACGGGGAAGUUUGAGAACGGAGGAGAAAGUGAUUUAUCACUCGAAUCGCGUCUUUACCGGGCGGCGACAGGACUGAGGAUUAUUUUUAGAGGGCAGGUUCUGCGUGGGGCUUAUUUUGAACACUGCUUAUUUUGCUGUAUUUAUUUAUUUUUGUAGUACUACUGAAAUAAACAUUUCUGCAGUCCUUUGA